AUGGAAGAGUCUUCGUACACUGGUCUCCCUACUAGCCACUUGCUCGGUUCAGUUCCCGCUGUCAUAGUUGAAGAAGAUAAUGCCACGAAACAUGUGGUUACCAAUGGAGGAGACAGAGGACGAGAAGGACAUCAAACUCCUGGCAUUCCUACUGAAGCCUUUGAACAACAGCCAACAAACAACUGGAGGGGAUUCUUUAGUGUAUCUUCUUAUUCACAGUAUUUCAAUGUAGAUACAGAUGCUGUUAUGACCAGAUUGAUAAGUUCCUUGAAUCCAGUUGGUGGAGACUUCUUCAGCAAGAUAGAUGCCAACCCUGAUUUAUAUGGGCUUAUAUGGAUCUCAACGACAUUGAUUUUUGUACUUGCCUCACUUGGAAAUCUUGCCACAUUCCUUAUGCAAAAACAUGCAGAUGGCGGAACCUCAUGGAGCUUUGAUGUUAGCUAUAUGAAUGUGGCUGCAUGGUCUAUCUAUGGUUAUGCAAUAGUGGUCCCCGUGGCAUACUACUUCUUCCUUCAGUAUAUGGGUUCAAAUGCUAGCCUUAUAAGGUUUUGGUGCAUGUGGGGAUAUUCUCUUUCCAUUUUCAUCAUCUCUUCGUUUUUGUUGAUAAUUCCAGUUGAGAUUCUUCGGUGGAUCAUAACGCUCCUUACCGGUGUUGCGUCAGCUAGCUUUGUUGCCUUAAACCUGAGAUCUUACAUUGAAGGCAAUGAUUUUUCAGUGGCGAUUAUUGCUGCUUUUUUCUUGCAAAUAGGUCUGGCAGUCUUCAUCAAGGUUUGGUUCUUUGCAUAG